AUGGGUCAGACGCCUUUAGAUUUGACAAGUCUUCAAGAAACCUUGCCAAUACCAGCUACGAUGCCGUACUUACAAGCUUUUCUGAAUGACAAUCCGAAAAAGGCUUUCGAUUGCGUACAAUUAAGGCUGAAGAAAGCCAAAACAUUAAAUCAGGAAAUUGCAAAUUACUUUCUAGAUAGAGUCAGAGUCGAAGACGAUUAUGUUAGAGGUCUUCAACGAUUAGCAGCCAAAGCAUUUAUUGCGGAUAGAAAUAGCUUGGGUACCUUUGUAAAUGUAUGGGAUACUCUUUUCAACGAACUCAACGAAAUAAUCAAAAUCCAUACUUAUUUAAUUUCAAAAAUAUAUGAGGAAGUAGAAGGUCCAUUACGUGAAAAAGCAACUUCUGACCCAGAAUGGUCACAAUUAAAACCUCAUGAGACUAAUCUCGGUAAAUUAUCACGCGAAUAUGAAGAAAAACUACAAAAAUUUAACAAGCACAGGAGCAAAAGUAAAGUCGGCAAAAAGGCAGAUGCAAUUGAAAGUAAACUCAUUGAAGCGCAAAAGGCUUUAGAAGAAUCUAAAGUUGAAUGGCAAAAUAAUUGGUCAACAUAUCUUGAGAAAACCCAAGCUGUUGAUUUAACGCGUUGGGAGAAUUUGAAAGAGACUAUAGCGCGCUUUGAAACUAUACAAGCAGACACAUAUCAAAAACGUGUUGAGAUUGCUGGAAAAACAUUGGGAACAGUUGUAGAUUAUGAUGUCCAAGGCGAAAUCAAAGAUUUUUGUUCCAAGAAAGGACAGAUUAAUGAAGUAAAAUAUGCCUUUUCUAUUAGGCGUAAAAGAGUAACUUCACAAAAUCAUUUGGACGUUUCUUCUCAGCAUAGAAUGGAAAAUAUUGAUUCUCAUAGUGAUGGUUUGAGGAGCCCUUCAGCUAUUUCAGUCAACAACGAUCAUCAUGAAGCUGCAGUGCCUAAAGUAGUUGUAGACUCCGAAGGUUAUUCAAUACCUCCCACUGAAUCCAAGUGGGACAACGUUUCUUCCUCAAACGAAGAAAAUGAUUCAGAUUCACGAUCAGAAACUGCUAAUUCAUGGAAUCAGGAGAAAAUGCGUGUUGAGAUUAAGCCGACGGUUGUUCCAAUAAAUGAGGAAGAAGCUGCGGCUGCCAUGUCACUUGUUAUGACACAUCUCAAGUCGACACCUACUGCGAAAAAAAGCACGCUUCGUGGUCGAAGAGAGGCAAACAGCUUAAUUAGUUCGUCCCCAACUUCAUACGAAUUCCUGGAGUCCGCAAAUCAUCCAAGAGCUGCUUCCGACUCUGAAACUAAACCGCGUGGAUUACGAGCUUCAAUUUUUGAAACUGUAAACAUAAUGUCCAAAAGUGGUGAGGUUACAAAAAUACUUGUAACGGGUGAAAUAAGUUUACAAUAUAAUUUUCCAACAGUACGAGAUCAUUCACAUUCGGUCAGGAUUAGAAUCGAUAAUUUUGAAACAUUGGAAAAAUCUGCACCAAACACAUCAUAUCUUCGUCCCGCACCAGGCCUUGUAGGACUAUAUGAUAUUGAUACAUGCUUAUUAUCUUUGGCAGGAGGAACUUCGGUUGUUGUAAUGAAAUAUCAAGUGCACAUAGAUCCGGAAAGCAAAAAUAUAUAUGUACCGCUUCAAGUGAUUCCACAUUGGAAAUGUGAAUCAAAUUUAACGUCAUUAGCUGUUUCAUAUCAGGUGAAUCCCGAAUGCAAACUUAAAGGAAAUCUUUCAGAACUUUCCUUCAUAGUUCCUGUAGAUGGAGAAGUUGGAACAGUACAAUCUAAACCCACUGGAGUAUGGAGUAUGGAAAAACAGAGGAUUUAUUGGCAGGUUGAUGAUGUAGAUCUGUCUACACCUCCCGAACGAAAAAGAAUUUUAGCACGUUUUGAAACUGGAAAAGCAUCUAAUCCAGCACCUGCUGCGGUUAGGUUUUUAUGUAAAGGACAAUUGUUGAGUAAUAUUUCGAUAGAUAUUGUACCUUCUGUAUCAAAUGGAAUUGGUGUACAGGAGCAAGAAAAUAGCAAUAAUCCUGGGAAGUUUGAAAGUGUUUUUAAAUUUCAGGAGAUAUCAUGUCAAGUUUCUAGCGGUAAAUUUAUUGCUUCUCAAUAA